UUUCUUUGUUUUCGGGAAAAUCCAGCUUAAAUGGCCACAACAAUUAGAACGGCAUGUGGCCAGCAGCUUUAACACGACUGCUGAAACGAAGAUUAGCCUACAUUAUAUUGGUUAUAUUAUUUUUUGUAUAUGUAAUUACAAAGACGAUUAAUAAGAAUACCCCACAACAUUUCCUGGAGUCCGAUGUGUUUACUGUGGAACGUACAAUCCCGCUAGUAUGGCGUACGUCAGAGGAACAUCUGCUAUCGCUUAGACAACUAAAAGAAAAUCCAACAAUUCCGAUCGGCACCAUCGAGUGCCGUAAUUCUAUGCAAGGACGUGAUCUAUUGGCAGAUGAUAGGGGGUUUGUUUGUGAAGCUGACAAUAUACUCGCCAACGGUUGUUGUGAUGUUCAACAUGAAACGACCCAAUAUUACACCUGUGAAACAUGUGACCCUGCCACACACUGUUGUGGCAUCUAUGAAAAUUGUGUCUCCUGCUGCUUGCAUCCCGAAAGACGGCCCCUGUUGGAGUUAGCAUUGGAACAAAUAAAGGGUCGCCAAUCAAUGGUUUAUGCUCAGGUUGCCGAUCAAUAUGAGUUGUGUUUGGUUAAGUGUCGCACCAAUUCACAUUCAGUCGAACAUGAAAAUCGUUAUCGUGAUCCGGUACAUCGUUUCUGUUAUGGUCCCACACAGGCUCAUGAAUCUCAAAUAGAGGUAUCGGGUAUGGGUUCAUGAUAGAGGUGGUCU